UAAGCUUGAGCAAUACUCAACAAUACUCUGAUCUCUUCUCUCUCCCUCUGUGUAAAGCUCUUUUCUUGAUACUCCAUAACAAACACCAUGGCGGAAGUUCUGAGUGAGGAACAGGUUGUCGAGUUUAAAGAAGCUUUUGGUCUGUUUGACAGAGAUGGAGAUGGUUGCAUUACUAUUGAAGAAUUGGCGACUGUUAUCCGGUCAUUGGAUCAAAAUCCAACGGAGGAGGAGCUUCAGGACAUGUUAAGCGAAGUUGACGCUGAUGGAAAUGGGACCAUAGAGUUUGCAGAGUUCUUGAACCUGAUGGUCAAGAAGAUGAAGGAGACUGAUGCAGAGGAGGAGCUUAAAGAAGCCUUCAAAGUAUUUGACAAGGACCAAAAUGGGUUUAUAUCAGCUAAUGAGUUGAGGCAUGUAAUGAUCAAUCUAGGUGAAAAGCUGACGGAUGAAGAGGUGCAGCAAAUGAUCAGGGAGGCAGACCUGGAUGGUGAUGGACAGGUCAACUACGAAGAAUUUGUCAAAAUGAUGAUGGCCAUCGGAUAACCAAUUACGUAGUACUCGAUCGACGGACAAAAUUAUCAUCGAUUGAAGAAAUUAUUAAUCUUAUUCAAAUUCAUUAUUUUCCAACCAGCUUGUUUCCCACCAAAAAUAAUUACUUCUUGUGUUUAAUUUGUUGUAGUAGAAGUUGAUGAAUAUAUACGUACGUACGUCAUGAAUUACGUACCAAAAAUUAGAACGACUCCACACACACACUCACCAUUUGAUCAUUCGAUCGUUCAAAUCUAGAUUCUAUUGAUCUUUGUUUUCUUGUUGAAUAUUUUAUUAUGUGUGCUUCAGA